UACAAAUAACGGGACAUUGCAAAGAAGAAGAACAAUAUAUAUAAGUAAUAAUAUUUGAAAAUAAAUAGAGACGCCUCCUGUCCACACUGUGGUAAGGAGGAAACUAGCUUCCAUCUACUAGCAGAAUGUAUCAUGUACGCGGCACUGCGAUAUAAUACAUUCGGUAGAGACUCACUAAUAGAAAACGAACUAAAGGACGUCGAACUUAAAGAUGUCCUUCUGUUCUGCAGGAAAACAAGAAGAUUUGAGGAGAUUGGUAUGGGAAUGCCGCCGGGACAGUAACCUGCAGCUCCAACUUCAGGGAAUUGGGCUGAAUGAACGCAACACACGAUCGACAGCCCGCCUGCUUCCCGCCGGGCGUCCCUACACUACAUCUACAUCUACAAGUAAUAAUAUUUAAGUCUCCACAAACAGCCGAUACUUAAAUAUUCUUAAGAAAAUUCCUUGCAAAAAUCGGAACUGGUUAUGCACUGUGCCUUAUAACAAACAGCGAUCGGGUAACCUGCCGGUUACCGACUGCAUACAAAAGUCCUUAAUAUUGUUACUGAAAGCCUUUUGAAAGGUGUUUCACUGAGUUUUACAUAAGUAGCACUGAGAAUUGAAUGAAAUAACGCUUUAUUAUUUUAGGAGUGGACAAAAAUAACCUGUGAAAUAGUAACUAUAUUAAAUAGUAUAAUGUGUUUUCUAUAUUUCAUGAACAAAAAUCACUAUACAGUAUAAAUUAUAAAGAAGUCUGAAUUACAUUUAAAUAGUUUUGUGUUAACAAUGAACAAACUUGUAUUAAUAUUGACUUUAAUUUUCUUAAAUAAACAUGUGUUUGCGAAGAAGAUUGAAUGUGGUUACAAGCAAUGCCCCCAGACCAGAGAGGGAGCGCUGAACGUGCAUCUCAUCGCGCACUCACACAUGGACGCCGGCUGGGUGAAGACAUACGACCAGUAUUACUACGGAUCCAAACCGACAAUCAGCACAGCAAACGUCCAGCUCAUCUUCCACUCUGUCCUCUCGGAGUUGCUCCACGACAAACGGAGAAAAUUCACGUUUUCGGAGGUGAGCUACUUCUGGCGAUGGUGGAAAGAGCAGCGGCCAGCAACGAGGGCCACCUUCCGAGGCCUGGUUCAGGAGGGGCGCGUGGAGUUCGCGGGCGGAGGCUGGGUACAGGGAGAUGAGGCGACAACGGACUAUCUGAUGAUUCUGGACCAGUUUACCUGGGGACUCAGAAAGAUGAAUGACACCCUCGGUCCUUGCGGCAAGCCGAAGGCCGCCUGGCAGAUCGACACGUACGGCCACACCAGGGAGCAUGCCUCGCUACUGGCUCAAAUGGGCUACGAUGGACUCUUCAUAGGUAGAGUGAAUCACAAGGACAGAGAAUCCAUGUUGGAGGAAGAAAGAAUGGAGUUCAUGUGGAGAGGGAGCGAUGUUUUAGGCAAGAUGUCGGACAUAAUGACGCACACGCUGUACAAUCUGUACAACGCGCCUGACGGGUUCUGCUUCGACUUUCUCUGCAACGAGGAGCCGAUCGUCGAUGACCCUGACAGCAAGGCGUACAACGCUGAAAAACGGGUAAACGACUUCAUAGCUCAAAUCGAGCACCAAGCCAAGUACUACGAACACGACAAUAUUAUGGUGACCAUGGGUGGUGAUUUCACAUACCAGAGUGCUGCCAAUUGGUUCAUGAGUAUGGACAAGCUCAUUAAUCACGUGAACACACAUCCCGCCAACAUGUCGGACAUAAAUAUAUUUUAUUCGUCUCCGUCUUGCUAUCUGAAGGCGCUGUACUUGAAUGGGCGGAGGGACAAAGCCAUUUAUGCUGAAAAGGGUGAUCACCUGCCGUACGGCAGUGACUCGAGCACAUACUGGACCGGGUUCUACACGUCUCGGCCCAGCAUCAAAUAUCUCACGAGAAAGACGCACAUUUUUCUUCAGAUAGCGAAACAGCUGACUGUACUCGCUCGCAUGGGAGAUUCGUAUGAAUUGCAUUUACUACGCCACGCGCUCGGUCUCAUGAUGCACCACGAUGCUAUAACAGGCACGAGUCAGCAGCACGUCGCCAACGACUUCGUGAAGAUGUUGAGUGAAGCCUUCGUCGCGUGUACGAAGAAAGUCUCCACGCUACUGAGCUACCUGACACCGACGUGGAGUAGCACUCGUCGGUCGAAGAGUAACCAGCAGUUCAAUACGUGCCAUCAAAUUAACAUGAGUCAAUGCCCGUUCGUUGAGGGUCAAGAGAGCCUACUCCUCCUGGUAUACAACCCGCAGAGCCUGAAGACGUACCAUUACGUCCGCCUACCAGCCAUAGCUCUACACUAUGUCGUUAGGAACGCUUACGAUGAGGAGCUGGAGUACCAGCUCUCCCCAUUGGCUCCAGCGGUCACCAAUCUGCCGGGUCGAAGCGCCACCACCAAUCACGAGCUGGUCUUCGAAGCGGAGAACAUUCCACCCCUGGGCUUCUCAUCCUUCUACAUCACGGCCAUCAAGGAUCCACUGGGAGAUUUAGACUACAUGAAGAAUAAGAAAUUAGGCCCCGAUCCUGAAUUAUUCACGCAGAUCUCCAAUGAGUAUCUGAAGGUAACCGUAAAUAAGCAGACGGGUUUACUGGAAUCCAUUCAGCACGUGAGCGGUGCGAGGAUCGAGGUCUCCCAGAACUUCCACUACUACGGGCAGACCAGGGGCAGUCUCCAGUCAGGAGCUUACAGCUUCAGGCCUGACCAGCGACCGACACCUAUAGCAGAAAAAGCAACAUAUAACACGAUCCGCGGCGCCCUGGUGAAGGAGAUCCACCAGCGCUUCUCCAGUUGGGCCUCACAGACCCUACGGCUGUAUCGAGGGGAGGAGUACCUCGAGCUCGACUGGGUCAUAGGACCGGUGCCCAUCAGCACAGACCUGGGGAAGGAAGUAGUAUCCAUAUUUACGAGCAACAUCAGCAACCACGGGGAGUUCUAUACCGACUCCAACAUGCGACAGAUGAUGAAGAGGACCUGCUGGAACGAGUCUGCUGGUCAAGGCGUUAAAAAGCCCGUGGCAUCGUGCUAUUACCCGGUCACGUCCAGGCUGUGUAUUCAGGGAUUCAACGCUACCGCAGGGAUGUGUAUUCUGACCGAUAGGACCGAGGGCGGGACUUCGUAUAAUGAAGGGGAAAUAGAAUUAAUGGUCCACAGAAGACUCCUGACUGACGAUGGCUUCGGUUUGGACGAGACCCUGAACGAGGAAGAACACGGUUCGGGGCUGGUGGUCCACGGACAGCAUCGGCUGUUCCUCGGCAAAUAUAAUCAGGAUGGGGAAGAGAUCUCGUUUCAAGAGAAAGCGAACCGCGUGGCACAUAGCUGGCAGUGGGAGCCCUGGGUCUUCGCUGCUGCCGCUGACAAGUUAAACAGGAGGAAAUGGCAGGGCAUGAGGAACAAGCGGUUCUCAGCGCUGCGCGUUCACGGACUGCCUCGACACGUUCGGAUACUAACCCUGGAGCCGUGGAAGGCUGGCUCCGUGCUUCUCCGACUAGAGAACACCUUGGAGAAGAACGAUAGGACUACUCAAAGACUGGAGCUACCGGAUGACAUGCCGCUUCCGACACACAUCAACGUGGAACUCAGGACAGUCUUUCAGCAUUUGAAAAUCAAGUCGGUGAGAGAGACAACGCUCGGAGCGAAUCAGUGGCUAGAGGAGGCUCGGCAGAUGGACUGGAGUACCAGAUACGUGUACACCGGCGGAGAUGACGGUAUAUUAUCAGAAGAUGUAGAUUACGUAGAGGAUGUAAAAUCUGCACACAAGGAUUCAGAAGUUGACCCAGAACAAGAUUCCAGCUACUCUGUUAAAAGAAACGAGCGACGACGCAAACACAAAAGGACGACAAGGUACGAAAACAGAAGAAAACGGGCUAUCAAUAUAUCUGAAAACUUUGUUGAUAAUGAGUUUGCCGCUGACUCCGAAGCCAAAGAAAUUACCACAGAAGGUGAUGAACUUACCGAUGAAUCUAACUUUAACGAUUCUAUAUUUGCUAUUAAUGUCACUGAUGUAGAAGAAACUAACGAACUGACAACAGAAGCAAAUUUUGAAGAAAUAGAUGUAUCUAUUAAUAAAACAGAUGAUUUUAAAAAGUAUUUUGUUUUUGGAGAUAACUCUGGACUGACAACAGAGAAGCUAUUUGUUAAAAGAAGGAAGUUUUUAAGUGAACUGAAGACGGAUUCUUUUGAAGAAGAUGUAUCUUCGAUACGGUCGAGUCAAAAGGAUAUACAAAAGCCAGCAGAACGUAUCGAUAUCAACCCCGAUGAAACAGAUGAUGGGGUUACUAAGUCAAUGUAUGAAAUGUAUUACAAGAAAAAAACUGUAAUUAAACUGAAGAAGAAUUUCAAAAAGGCGGUCAAACCUCGACCAAGUUGGCAAAAGAGAUCGAAGAAGUAUAGCGAAGAUAAGGAACCAACUGAACCUAAAGAAGACGAAAUUAAGCUGAGUGAACCUUAUGGGUUAAGAACGUACGAGAGUGGAGAAGAGAAACAAAGCGGAGAUGAAGUUGAGGACUUGAACAUGGACCCAGGUCGGAUGCGCACGCGUCGACUGAGAGAAGCAGGAAGAAGGAAGAGAGCGACGGGACGCACCGCCGUGCCCCGCGAGGACCCGGACUUCUUGGUCACUUUACGUCCCACACAGAUUCGUACCUUCGUUAUACGCUUCGAGACUUCCAAGAACAACUAUGUUAUCUAGACUAAUUACACUGAUCUAGAGUAAUUAUACAAUUAGACAGAAUUAAUGAGAAUUACCGUUUGAACUAACUUCACACGAUCAUAGAGAAAGAAAAGAGCUUAAAGUGCCCAUUCCAUCCGGGGCUUUCUUUGCUUAAUAAUAAUAAAUUGAUUGAGCUAGAUGUCGCUUUUUGGAGGGGACCAUCUUGAGGGGGCGAGUCCCCGUCUGCCGAAAUAAAAUUGCAUACCGUUUUAUUAGGCAGGCUUUCGGUUUUUUAUCCCAAUGGCCUAGUUCAUUUUAGAUUCCAUCAACCUCCAAGUCUUUACACCCUGGCGGGUGCUGGCUCUGCGUGCGUCCCAUGACACGGGCAAGGACAACCUCCGCUCGGUGUGUGUGUGUCUUUCAUUAAAAUGUCAAAAGGGCUUCUACGUGUUGGCUUCGGUUCCGCGCCCGCCUCCUCCCCACCUCCAUGGGAAAGACAUGCAAAUAAGCUGAAUGGGAAGCUCAGUAAAACCUAUUAUUAGUAAGUUAUAGACUCGCCUUAAAUUAUUACUUACGAACAAUAAGUAACGCAGUUCAAGUAAACUCUGAUUUUACAUGGCAAAGAUUGGUCAAGCGCGAAAGAGGCAUCGGAAAAUGCACUAUAUCAUGUGUCGCAGUAGCUGUCAUCUAAUCUUCUUACACUAAAUGUAGAUAAAUCUAAAUUUUUAACAUUUUUGCCAACAUCUGUUUUGCAGCCGAGUGCGGAGUUCUAGAAAAUUAUUGCUCACAGAUGUCCAGGGCAAUUAGCUGAGUGUACCUGCUCCUCACUAUCGUGCACUAACAGCAUUAAAUACCUGGGUAAUAUUUGAUAGCAACCUCCGUCGGGAAUUACACAUUGAUACACUAAGUAAAAAAUUAGGAAAUUAAUUUAUAUUUUUAGAAACCUUCGUUCAGGAGUCGACGAAUGGUGUACCUUACCUUGGCUCAAUCACUGCUGACCUAUUGCAUUAGUGCAUGGGGCGGUGCUGCAAAAACCUUACUCCUGCGCUUAGAAAGGGCGCACCGUUCAGUCUUAAAGGUAAUUUUUAAGAAGCCCUUUAGGUAUCCCACUGUUGAUCUUUAUAGAGAGUGUGAAGUAUUAUCACUACGAAGUCUAUUUAUCCGUUAAAUCAUUAAAAAAAACAUAAGUCCAUUACCUUUGAGAAAAGUCUCAUGAAAAAUAGACGUCGAGUACACAAUCGACGUCGAUCUGUGGUAUACGAAAAUUUCACCUGGGACUUUCUAGACGUCAUGUUGAUUACCUUAGUUCUAAAUUGUACAAUAAGAUUAAUUACCGAUAUAUAUACUCUCACACUAAGAGAACGUAAGCAGAAAAUCACUGAUUGGCUACAAACGCUAACCUAUAACCAGAUUGAGGAUUACUUAGCAUCUCAUUAAAAAUCAUUUGCAUAUUAAUAUCAUACGAGAAAAUUUACUACACACAUUUACAAAUUAAUCAUACUUUCAACUCUUAUGUAAAAAACAUUGUGCUAUGCAAAAAAGUGUCAAUUCUUUGUUUUAUUAUGUAUUUUUUAUGUUAUUUUGGUUUUGAAAUGUUAUCUUUUUAUUAUCAUUUCUGUUGUAUACUUGUAGAUUUAGUACCAAAUCCUAUGAUAAAAUAGGUAGUUUUUUCUCCGGGGUGAGAGCCUGGUGAUCUGUAAUAAAUGUACCUGCCUAAUUCAGACUCCAGUCUCUCACAAAGGAUCACAACGUUAUCUCUUACUGUGAAAUUGUUACUAUUCCUUUGUGGGCUGAUAAAUAAAUAUUUUUGUUAUU